CCUUGGGUCAUAUGACUCACAGGGGCAGGCCUUUCGGUAUAUGAAGUAGAGGAGAGAAUUUUAUCCCUACUACUCUUUUUGUUUCUGUUUUUGCGGACUUAUUUCGACACUUUCUUUCCUCACUCGCUUCUUUGUGUCUGCCGGAGUGAAGAAGAAGAAGAAGUUACGAGAAAGAGCCAACAUGGCAGCAGGAAGCCGGCUCGCUGCUCUUUGGCUACAGCUCUUUGUUGUGGUGUCUUGCUGUGUUUCUAACGUCAGCCCUCAGCAGAUCGACCCCCUGGUGUUUGAGGAGCAGCUGCUGUGGGUGAGCGGAGCCCAGGGUCAGGUGAACACUUACAGGAUCCCGCUGCUCACCUUCACCCCCAAAGGAAGCCUGCUGGCGUUUGCAGAAGCCAGGAAGUCUUCUUCUUCUGACAUUGGAGCGAAAUUCUUUGCUUUGCGGCGCUCCACAGACAAAGGAGCCACCUGGUCCCCGACCACCUUUAUUAUCGAUGACGGGGCGGCACCGGAUGGCAUAAACCUGGGCUCUGUUGUGGUGGACGAGGAAGUGGGCUCAGUGAUUCUGAUCUACUCAGUGUGCUUCCACCACUACCACUGUAGCCCGGCCAGCAUCAUGAUGGUGGAGAGCCGGGACGACGGCCUCAGCUGGACCCCGCCCAGAAACCUCUCGGUUACGCUCGGUGUGAAGAACUUUGCUCCCGGGCCGGGCCUCGGCCUCCAGAAGCGCUUCAAUCCUGCAAAGGGGAGGUUGGUGGUUUGCGGUCAUGGGACACUGGAGGGCGACGGUGUUUUCUGCAUCCUGAGCGACGACCACGGACAAACCUGGUACAACGGUGCAGCGCUGAAAAGCAUCCCCUACAACCAGAAGAAAAAAGCGCAGGACUUCAACCCUGAUGAGUGCCAGCCAAUUGAGUUGACUGACGGGACCAUCGCCAUCAACGUCCGGAACCAGAACAACUACCACUGCCGGUGCCGCAUUGUGGUGCACAGCUAUGAUGGAGGGUUGACCCUGCCCUUAGAAGGCCUGAUUUUUGACGAGGCACUGGUGGAUCCUGUAGUGGCAGCCGGAGCACUGCAAAAAGAGGGCGUGAUCUACUUCACCAACCCCUCCAAUGAGCAAAAGAGAGUGAAUCUAACCCUGAAAUGGUCGCUGACAAACGGCAUGUCUUGGGAGAACAAAGCUGUCCAGAUAUGGGCGGGUCCGAGCGGCUACUCCAGUAUGACAUCACUGGACAGCGGCUCUGUAGAAGACCGCAAGUACAUCUUUGUCAUCUACGAGAAGGGCCAGAAAGACUAUUUCGAGACUGUCUCGUUCACCAAGAUCCACCUGUAUGGUGGUCGUUAAGAGCACACGAGGACGUAGGUAGAGCAAAGUCAGACAUGAACUAUGGUGCAAACUAAACAUAAAUAACUUAUCUGUUUUGUCUCAGAUUUAAACACUUAAGGGAAAAAAGAAAACCGGAAGAGGGUUUUUUUUUUUUUUUUUAAUCCAUCAUCUUUCUCAGGAAGAUAAACAGACUCAUUCUAGGAUAUCACGAAAAUGGAGAAAGAAGAAUCUGCACGCACACAUUUUGUGAUUACGCCAUCAAAAAAUAUUUUUCUCUGAUUUAAUCCUUCUGUCCUUUACAUUUUUCAAAGGGGGUUUAAAUCACGUGUUUGUAACCCUUUAAUUUUAUUUGCCAAGUAACUACACAGCUGCAAAAUUCGGGCAGAGAAAUAUGUCAAAGCAGGAAAUGCUGAAGAUUGUUUUACAGACGGGGUACAUAAUUUACAAAAAGCUGAUUGUUAAGUAUUUUGUAAACCUAAUUGUUUUGGGACAGAAAAAAAACUAAUGUUUGAGUGUGUGAAAGUGAAAAUUACUUUUGAACCACUAUAGAUGCAACAGUUUUUUCUUUUACUAUCAUAAAGUUUGCUGUGAAUUCAUGCUGAUUGAAAUCAGUUCUACCUUUAGAAAACUUGUAAUUGUGUAAAAUAAUGGCCUAAAAAAGCAAAACCUUUUUUAAAAGAUGUAUAUUUUCACUUAUAAAUUCUCUUUAAUUGUUUCUUUGAGGUUUAAAUAAUUGUUUCAUAUACAUGUGUGGAAGAAUGUGUGAAUGAAAAGGUGCCUAACGUAACCCAAAAUGUCUUUGUUUGUAUUUAUGGAGCGGAAGCGGAGUUAUUUUAUUUGUAUAUUUUAAAUGUCAGAUUAUGACCAAAUGUCCUUUGUCUGUAGUUGCUUGGCGGAUAAAUGAAUCUGUGCUGUAAUGGAUUUUCCUUCUUGUCACAUUGUCCUUGUUUUUAUGGAUUUGAUUGUGGAAAACACACUUUUUAUGUCUGAAAUGAAAAUAAAAGGGAGGGACUGAUUUAAACCACA